GGUACGAAAUUCCUGGGUGCCAACCUGCCUAUGGCAACCUAGAAUUCUCCAGGGCAGGCUCGCAAAAUCUUCACCUACUCUCUGGGACAGCACUUUGCAAGAACAGAAGGGGGAAUUACGAAAGCGUCUCUCGUACACUACCCAUAAGCUGGAAAUGCUUGAAACGGAAUUCGAUUCUACGCGUCAGUACCUGGAAAUAGAAUUGAGACGUGCUCAGGAGGAACUUGAAAAAGUAACUGAAAAACUGCGAAGGAUACAAAACAAUUACCUAGCCUUACAAAGAAUUAAUCAGGAUCUGGAGGAUAAACUCUACAGAAUGGGUCAACAUUACGAAGAGGAAAAACGAGCUCUGAGCCAUGAAAUAAUUGCACUCAAUAAUCACUUAAUAGAGGCCAAGGUGACAAUAGAUAAGUUGUCAGAAGACAAUGAGCUCUAUAGGAAGGACUGCAAUUUAGCUGCUCAGUUGCUCCAGUGCAGCAAGAAUUACGACAGGGCACAUAAACUUUCAGAGUUGCCAUCUGACUUUCAGGAAAGAGUCAUACUGGAGAAACCAGAUCCAAACAGCUUGUCUUCACGCUUGUCAAGCCCAUCUACAAGGGAUCUCAAUUUUCAGGACUCUGCUGGAAAAGUUGGACAAACACCCCAGUACAAGACUGAUAUCUACUGCAGUGACACAGCCCUUUACUGCCCUGAGGAGAGGAGGAGGGAGAGGAGGCAAAGUGUGGACACACAGGUGAAAGACGUGGGGUUCCUGCGGUCCCAGAACUCCACGGACAGCACUGUUGAAGAAGAUGGUUUCCAUUCCAGCUUCUCUCAUGAAGCCUUCCCAGAGUACAUUACCUCUCUGCCAACCUCCAGCUCCUAUUCCAGCUUCAGCGUCACCUCUGAGGAGAAGGAGAACGCCCAAGCCAACACACUGACAGCCUCUCAGCAAGCAAUCUACAUGAGCAACAGAGAUGAACUGUUUGAGAGAAAGUCACCUGCAGGUUAUGAGCAUCAGGGAAGCCCUAGGUUCGCCAAGCCCAAACAGGCGCAGCACAUGGAACUCGCCGACGACAACGAGAACUCACCCACUUUUACUAGGACUCUGCCUCCGUAUGCAAACGAACCUUUUCAUUUCUCAGCCAUAACACCCCAGCAGGCUUUAGCCAACCAGAAAAUGAGGAACGAGUGCAGGAGCACACACCUUUCAGAAGAAGACUUGCCUGGACGGUGGAGGCAGUUGAGCGUGGAGGACAUUGGUGCAUACUCCUACAGGAAUGCUGGGAGGCUGUCACCCUGUAGUUUUUCAGAGCAGUACUACAGCAGCCCCAUUAAGAAGGGGGACAGUCGAACAAGCCCCAUCUAUGCUAGUUACAAAGCAGACAGCUGCUCAGAGGGAGACGAUAUCUGCCAAAGCAGACUUGUGGAUUCUUGCUUCCUGAGAACAGACAGUGGCCUGAAUAUUGACAUCAGCACGAGCUGUAAACAGGACAAAUUGCCCACUUACAAAACGAAAGAACCAAGAGACCAAAAAAAUGAAAGGAUCACUGUCCAGUUAUGCGGUAGCAAAAACAUCGAGAAUAGCCCAGUAUUGAAAAGAGAAUAUGUGGACGUAAGUCCCAACAGCUCAGCAGAGUCACUCAACCAGAGUUCAGUGGAGGCUUCAGAAAUCCAUCAGUCUUCCAUGGAUCAAGGAAGCCAUUCGGGGAUUCACAGCAAACAGCAGCAGUUUCAACGGACUGGGAGCACUGGUUUGAGUCGGAAGGACAGCCUUACAAAAGCACAAUUAUACGGAACCCUUCUGAACUAG